AUGGAAUUUUUGGAACAUCUACACCCUACUAAACGAAAGGCACAUCUAGAACAAGAGCAUAGUAAAACAUUUGGUCAUUGGUUACGAAAUGAGGUCCAAUACACCAAUUUGUUACCACGGGUUCAAGCCCAAUCCCAUCCCCAUCUUCGAAGAAACGUUUCUGGAUCACGAAUUGCAGGCUGCAUCUUGGAUUCUAUUGGUUUUGAUCGGUUUUUCGACGACCUCAACAUCACGGCCCUCAUGGAGAUUACACCUAUGGAAAUUAACCCACUGGUCAACAUAGAAAUGCAACCAGAAUAUUUUCACACACCAUUGGAUGACAUGGACAUGGAAAUGGACACAGAGCAACCUACUAAAAGAAGAAAAAAGAAAUCAAUUGUUUGGGAAUUUUUCACAAUUGUAAACGUGGGUGAAGGCGUUAGAAAGGCCUGCUGUAAACACUGCAAACAGUUAUUCUCAUACGGAAAGGGCUCAAAAGUUUCGGGCACCAGCCACCUCAAACGCCACAUCGCCAAGGGCGGCUGCCCGGUUGCCCUACGUGACCAAAACCAUGACCCGUUAAACCCAUUGGCAGUGACCCCAACUGUCAAAACACCUAAACGCCGGUACAGAACCACCACCUCCACCACCACUGCCGCCCCGUACACCGCCUUCAACCCUGCCACAUGCCGCCAAGAAAUGGCCCGAAUGAUCAUACUCCAUGACUACCCACUUGAGAUGGUGGAACAUCCGGGGUUCAUGGCUUUUGUUCAUAACUUAAAUCCCGGUUUUGAAAUUGGUAAUUUUGGUAGAAUUCAAGGGGAUUGUGGGGCGACUUAUUUGAAAGAAAAGGAAAGGAUUUGGAAUCUGAUUGAAGGAAUGCCUGGGAAUAUUUCACUCACACUUGACUUAUGGAACUCUUCACAUACAACCGGUUACGUUUUCGUAACCGGACAAUUCAUCGAUAGCGACUGGAAAAUGCAUCGGAAGCUACUAAACGUUGUAAUGGAACCGUACCCUGAUUCCGAUUCCGCCUUCUCCCAAGCCGUUUCCGCUUGUCUUUCCGAUUGGAACAUCCAAGGGAAACUAUUCUCCAUCACUAUAAGCCAGCGCGUUAGUGAUUCUGGCCUCGAUAGUCUUCGGAAUUUACUCUCUGAAAAGAACCCGAAUGUCCUUAACGGUCAAUUACUCCUCACAGACUGCUUGGCCCGUUCUUUAACGUUUAUCGUGCAAGGCGCGAUAAACGCGGGCCAAGAAACCGUGAAGAAAGUUAGAGAGUGUGUGAAGUAUGUGAAAACAUCGGAAUCAUUAGAAGAAAAGUUUGUUGCUUUAAAACAACAACUUCAAGUAAUGAGUACUAAAUCUUUAUCACUCGAUGAUCAAACACAAUGGAAUUCAACUUAUGAAAUGUUGGUUUCGGCAUCGGAGUUGAAAGAAGUGUUUUCUUGUUUGGAUACUUUAGAGCCCGAUUACAAUAAAAUCCCAACUCAUGAAGAUUGGAAAGUUAUCGAUAAUCUUUGCACGUAUUUAAAGCUAUUUUAUAAUACUGCAAAUCUGCUGACAUCAUCGAGUAUACCUACGACUAAUAUGUUCUUUCAUGAAGCAUGGAAGAUUCAGUUAGAGCUUGCCCGGGCCUCCACGAGUGAAGAUGAUGUCAUUAGCAACAUGACAAAACCGAUUCAAGAAAAUUUCGAUAAAUAUUGGAAUAAUUGUUGUUUGGUUUUAGCGAUUGCAGUGGUUAUGGAUCCGAGGUUUAAGAUGAAGUUAGUUGAAUUCAGUUUCACAAAGAUUUAUGGGGAACAGGCGGUUUCUUAUGUAAAGACUGUGGAUGAAGGGAUUCAUGAGCUUUUUUCAAAGUAUUCCGGACUUCCUUUGCCACUCACUUUACUAAAUGGUGACUCCGGAAUCGGUGAUUCCGGAGUUGUGAAACAAGAAGAUGGUGCGGGUGUGGGAGGUUUAGGGAACGGGGUUGGGCUUACGGAUUUUGAUGUUUUUAUAAUGGAGAGUACGAGUCAGCAAGCGAAGUCGGAAUUGGAUCAGUAUUUGGAGGAGUCGCUUUUGCCAAGGAUUCAUGAGUUUGAUGUUAUGGGGUGGUGGAAAUUGAAUAAGAGUAAGUACCCGACUUUAUCGAAGAUGGCUCAUGAUAUUUUGAUGAUUCCGGUGUCGAGUGUGGGCCCGGAAUCGGUGUUUGAGAAGGGUGCGAAGGAAAUGGACCGGUAUCGGUGCGAGUUGAGUCCGGAGAUGGUGGAGGCGCUUUUUUGUGCGAAAGAUUGGAUGCGUUGUGAAGGGGUGGAGAGUAUGGAGUCGAAUGUGAAGAUGGAGUUUCCGAUUUAGUUUUGGAGUUUGAUGUUUAGAUUUUUUUUUUUUUUUUUUUUUUUUGUGCAGGAUAUGGAAAUAAAUAGGUUUUGAGUAAGAUGAGUUUAGUUGUGUCUGUUUUGAAUUUGAAUCGGAGAGGCUGUGUCUGGAUUGGUGAUUUGGAAUGAGUUGUGAAUACUUGGAUGGA